GUUUCAUUUCAAGUUCAGACGGAGACUCUUAGGAUCAUCGUUGAUUGAGGGGGAGCACCAAUGGCAGGGUCUUCGAUUAUGGAGAACCUGUUCCAACGGACGCUGGAAGAUAUAAUCAAAGGCAUGCGUCUCCAACUGAUCGGAGAAUCCACCUUCAUCUCCAAGGCCACGGAGGAGAUCCGCCGCGAGAUCAAAUCCACCGAUCAGCAAACAAAAUCCACCGCUCUUCAAAAACUCUCCUAUCUCUCCGCCGUCUACGGCGUCGACAUGUCGUGGGCGUGCUUCCACGUGGUGGAGGUGAUGUCCUCUUCGCGCUUCGCGCACAAGAGGAUCGGUUACCACGCCGCUUCCCAAUCCUUCAACGACCACACCCCCGUUCUUCUCCUCAUAACCAAUCAGCUCCGUAAGGACCUCUCUUCCACCAACGACUUCGAGGUAGGCCUCGCGCUUGAUUGCUUGUCUCGAAUUGCCACUCUCGAUCUCGCUAGGGAUUUGACUCCCGAGGUUUUCAAAUUGCUCUCUACUGCUAGGGUUUUCGUUAGGAAGAAGGCUAUUGCCGUCGUUUUGAGGGUCUUCGAUAAGUAUCCUGAUUCUGUUAGGGUUUGCUUCAAGCGCUUGGUGGAGAAUCUUGAAAGUUCUGAUCCUCAGAUUGUGACUGCGGUCAUUGGGGUUUUUUGCGAAAUGGCUUGUAAGGAUCCUAAGUCGUAUCUUCCGUUGGCGCCGGAGUUUUAUAGAAUUUUGGUUGAUUCUAAGAAUAAUUGGAUUUUGAUUAAGGUGUUGAAGAUAUUUGGUAAGUUGGCUCCAUUGGAACCGAGGUUGGGGAAGAGGAUUGUUGAACCUGUUUGUGAGCAUAUGAGGAGAUCUGGAGCGAAGUCAUUGAUUUUUGAGUGUGUUAGGACUGUGCUCACUAGCUUGAGUGAUUAUGAAUCUGCUGUUAAGCUUGCGGUUUCAAAGGUUAGGGAGUUGUUGGUUGAUGAGGAUCCUAAUCUUAGGUAUCUUGGGCUGCAUGCACUUUCAGUUGCUGUGCCCAAGCACUUGUGGGCGGUCUUGGAGAAUAAGGAAGCCGUGAUUAAGGCGUUGAGUGAUGAGGAUUUUAAUAUCAAAAUUGAGUCUCUCCGCCUGUUGAUGGCCAUGGUGUCUGAGAGCAAUGUUGCGGAAAUCUCCGGGGUGUUGCUCAAUUAUGCGUUGAAGUCUGACCCCGAAUUUUGCAAUGAGAUUUUGGGUUCCAUUUUAACCACUUGUUGUAGAAAUGUGUAUGAGAUUGUUGUUGACUUUGAUUGGUAUGUUUCUCUUCUUGGAGAAAUGUCGACAAUUCCUAAUUGCCAAAGGGGGGAAGAAAUUGAGACUCAGCUCGUUGAUAUCGGCAUGAGAGUUAAGGAUGCUAGAUUGCAGCUUGUUCGGGUUGCUCGUGAUCUGUUGAUUGACCCUGCAUUACUAGGUAAUGUCCACUUGCAUAGGAUAUUGUGUGCUGCUGCUUGGGUUGCUGGAGAGUAUGUUGAGGUUGCAAGCAAUCCGUUUGAACUGAUGGAUGCACUCCUACAGCCUCGUACCAGUCUCUUGCCACCAUCAAUAAGAGCAGUUUAUAUUAAUUCUGCUCUUAAAAUUUUAAUUUUUUGCUUAGACUGUUACCUUCUGCAACAUGAAGGGGCCGCAUCCUCAUUUUCUGGUAAUUUGGCUGGGGGACAGUCUGAGUUGUUUGUUGUAAAAAAAUACACUGCAGGUGCUGAAUUGGCAACGUGUGAAGAUUCAAAUUAUGAACAGGAUGAGGGUUUUAACCCAAGGAAUGCAACUGAAUCUUCUGAAGAUCUUUCUGUUGAAACUGACACAGAUAGAGUUGUCACUCAUGGCCAAACAUUUACACCUCCUAUUCUAUUGGCAAAUAAGAAUUUAAAGCCUGAAUCCAUUGUAAGCCUAUUGAAUAGAAUCGAAUUAGUUUUUGGCCCGCUAGUAGCAAACCAGGAUGUUGAAGUCCUUGAGAGAGCACGUAACAUACUUGCCCUAGUUCUGUUGAUUAAAGCAGAAAUAAUUGAUAAUUCAGUCCAGAAUGUGGACAGUAUGGACAAUAAAGAUAGUCAAGUUUCAGCCAUUAUCAAAUUGAUGUGUGAUGCUUUUACCGUGGAACUUGGUCCAGUCUCAACAAGUGCACAGGGAAGAGUCGCUAUACCAGAUGGUUUAGUUCUUAAAGAGAACCUUGAAGACUUACAAGCUAUAUGUGGUGAUAUUGAAUUACCUUCGGCGAGUUCAUUUUGCAUAGGAGGUCCUCACCUUACCACUACUUCAGAUGCUUCUUCAUUCAAUCUAUUGAAAACUGAAGAGCCAUUGAAUGAAUCUACAUCCUUGAUGGAACACCGUAAGCGACAUGGAUUAUAUUAUCUUCCUUCAGAGAAGAGUGAAAUUGUUCCAGAUGAUUAUCCUCCCGCAAAUGACCCAAAGUCAAACAGUAAUAUAAAUGACGGAGCUGCAGAGCUUGCCAAGCUGACAGAGCAAUCACUUCUUCUAAAAAAAAGGACAAGCCAAACGAAGCCAAGGCCUGUAGUGGUGAAAUUGGAUGAUGGAGAUGUGACAGCACUGAUCUCAGUCAAAAGGCCGGAGCCAAGGGAAGAUUCUCUGUCUGGUGCCAUAAAAGAUGUUCUUCUAGGAAGUGAAACCAAACUGAGUUUGUCUGAAAGUAAUCCUUCUAGUAAGUCAUCGAGGAAGCGAAAGGAGAAAAAGAAACUAUCCACAGAUGUUCCAUCCGAAAUGAAAGAAAAUCUAGUUGAUGCCGAAAAACCUGACCUUGAAAACCCAAAUUCAAGUAGCAAAAGUCAUGGUCAUAGUAAAGUGAGAAGACAGAGAGGGAAAGAGAAGAUUGUGGAAGAGGAGGAGCAUGAUCAGAGGGGGAAGAAAAAGAGUAGUCACCGCCAUGGUAGGCGUAAAACUCAUCAAAGAGAAAAUUCACCCUUAAAUGUGGUUUCCCAAACGCCAGUAAUUCCAGAUUUUCUUUUAUAGCAUUUGAGGAUUGAUUUUGAUUUAUCUUCAUCUGUUGUUAUUGACUGAGGCUGUUCACAUGUAUUCUUAGUGCUGAGCCCAUAAGUUAGUUUUGUAGACUGUAUGUACUUAUUUUUUCUUUUGUCAUUGCUUUUAAUUUCUUUAUACUAUUAUUUUCCUUGUUGUCUGUUUUUGGCUAUACAUGUCCCAGAAGUAAAUUUUCAAGUUGGAUGUUGUCUGGCAGCCUUUUGUUUUUCUAAUACAGGGAGGAACUGUUAUUGAAACUUUUGCCAUUAAAUUGUAGCCUUGUUUCUGGAAAUUAUCAUGCUCUGAGCACAAGCUGUUGGAGAAAACUAGUGGAUAAGUGCUUCUUUUUACUAUUUUGUAAAUAACUAUGUUUAAUAGUGCAUUUACAGAAAUUGAGAUACAGAAGUGAAUAUAUUGUUAUUCUUAA